CCACAGCAAACAGAGGCCUCCCAUGACCAACGGAGUUUCUCUCAUUUUGACAGCCGCAGCAGAGAGGGUCGUCGAGCAAGUAUCCCAAACACAUCUGAGAAAGCUCCAGUUAGUCAUUCAUAUGCUACACAAUACCAACAGCUUGAUAGGCCACAGAAAUUGGAGCAACAGUAUAAACCAUCAGCCUCUAAUAAACCAGAGUUACAUUAUAUGGGAUCCAAACACACUCAGCAAACACAAAACCAUCGAUCACUGGGUUUUCUUUCUGAACAGGAACUACUGUAUACCGAGACCAGCUAUAUGCAAGAGACUAAAAAUAAUUCUGGAUGGUCUGGAUACAAGCCUGCAGGACCUCUUUCUAGUCACACACCACAAAACCAACAUAUGUUGGGUUACUAUAAUAGUACCGAAAUUCCAUUGUCUAAAACUAUAUCAAGUGCAACUGCAUUGCAAACAAAAUGGGAUACGUCAACAAAUGUUGUGUCAUGUCCUGCAUCUCCCCAUGAAUUUGGUCGUAGUACGUCAAGAAAUGUUGUUGUGUCACAUCCUGCAUCUCCCCAUGAAUUUGGUCGUAGUACGUCAACAAAUGUUGUUGUGUCACGUCCUGCAUCUCCCCAUGAAUUUGGUCGUAGUACGUCAACAAAUGUUGUUGUGUCACGUCCUGCAUCUCCCCAUGAAUUUGGUCGUAGUAUGUCAACAAAUGUUGUUGUGUCACGUCCUGCAUCUCCCCAUGAAUUUGGUCGUAGUACGUCAACAAAUGUUGUUGUGUCACGUCCUGCAUCUCCCCAUGAAUUUGGUCGACGAAACUCCCAAGGGCUGCACUUAUUACCUGAAGCUAAGUAUCCAAAUGUUAGCAAUGCCAUGUUAUUUCGAGCAGAUUCUGAGAGCAAGGCUCACACUCCACCAGAACCAAUGAAAAAAGAAUUACAUAGACUACAAACACCUACUUCAAAUACUAUUAUGAGGAGUUCCCAGGGACCAUACACUCCUUCACCAGGACCCAUGCCUGGUGAUUUGAAAGAGUUUCAUGUAUCAAAUAUUCCUGAGAUUAACUACAAAGGCUUCUUGAGUCUGAAGACGGCAUCUGCAGGAUCUGAGGGACUGCCUGCUCAGUAUCCUAAAAAUGAACAUUCACAUACUAAAGGAAUUAAAGAAAUCCAUCCCAGCGAAAGUGCCACUGACAGGAUCCCUCAGGAAACACAACACAAUAUACCAUCAAGUUCUCUUUCUGAACAGGAGCCACUAUAUACUGAGACCAACUGUAUGCAAGAGGCAACAAAUCAAUCAGGGUGGUCUCGAUACAAGCCUGCAGGGCCACUUUCUUGUUGCAGACCAGAACCACAGUCCCAACAGCUUGUGGAAUGGUACAGUGGCACAGAAAGCCCUCUGUCCAAAGUUGUACUGAGGUCAACUAGAACAUGUACAAUUCAAGAAACGGAUUAUGGCAACUCACAGAGUAUGGACACAUUAACAAAAUCUGGGACAGAAAAUGUUUGUGAUGAAAAAAAAUCUCCACAAGAACCUGAGAGCAGAUCUAGGAGUCCAUUAGAAAUUGUAAAAAGUGAAUGCCAGAAUCCAAAAACACCUCCCAAAAAUACCAUUCUGAGUGGCUCCCAGAGACCACAUAUGCCUUCACCAGAACCCAUUUCAUCUGAUUUGAAGGGGCUACAAAUAUUAAAUACAUCUGAGAAUACACAAUAUGACUUCCUAAGCCCAUGUUCUAUAACAACUCUAUGGACUUCAGGUUUUGAAGUGCAAUCAUCUUUAUAUCCUAAAAAUAAAUAUCCACAUACUAAGAAAAAUACAGAGUACCACCAGAGCGAACAGUCCCCUGCUGACAGAAAUACUCCAGAGUAUGUUGAGAACUGGGACAUGUACUUAAAUACCACUGCAAAUCCAACCAAGCCAGACCUGCUGAACUUCAAGAAGGGUUGGAUGUCCCUGCUUGACGGCAAUGGAGAGUGGAAGAAACACUGGUUUGUUCUGACAGAUUCCAGCCUCCGAUAUUACAGAGACUCCAAUGCUGAAGAGGCAGAUGAUUUAGAUGGAGAGAUAGAUCUCCGGACUUGCACUGACGUGCCUGAAUUUAACGUACAGAGGAAUUAUGGCUUCCAAAUCCAUACCAGCGAGGGUGUUUUCACACUUUCUGCUAUGACUUCUGGGAUACGCAGGAACUGGAUUGAAGCAUUGAGAAAAAACGUCCACCCUGUUUGUAUACCCGAUGUGACCAAGUUGUCUGAGGGCAAUAAGGAGAAUACGUUUGUACCCACUCGUCACACUCAAAGGCCUGAAGAACUGCGACUGGGUUCAGAAGUCAGACAGAGAAAAGCGGAGCUGACAGGAUCUCGUCAAGGUUCAUUUGAUUAUGUGGAGUUAUCUCCGCUCUCCCCAGGGGAGGAGCGGGAUCUGAGGUCAGAGGAACGCAGGCGCUGGUUUGAAGCUGCUCCUGACACAUCUUCCACUCGUCGUGUCACCCCCACAGGACUAUCAGAAGAGCAAAAGCAGCGACUUAAUGAAGACAUUGAGGCUAAAUGGAAAGAGCUUGAGCGCUUGCCCUUGCGGGAGACAAAACAAACAUCCCUUACCUGUUUGCUGGGUGGAAGCAGAAGCAAAACUGGGGGAGAAAACACCUCCACUCUUGAAAGACAGAUUCAGAGUUUAAAGAUGCAGCUGGAGAAAGCCAAGAAGGAAAUAGAAGCUCAGAAGGGAGACGGUGAGAGAACUGUUCCUCAUGGCUUCAUCUCUCAGGAAGCAUGUGAGUACAGUCUUUCGCAGAUGGAGAAUUCACACAAGCAGCUUUUGUCUGAACUUCAGAGACACCACAAGUUGGAGAUUCAGAGACUGCGACAGGAGAAGGACCAGCUGUUGGCAGAGGAGACUGCAGCCACAGCCUCUGUGAUUGAGGCAAUCCGGGCUGCCCACAAGGAGGAGCUGCAAAGAGAAGUAGAGAAAGCUCGAACAUUCCAACAUGGCGGGUCAGCAGGGAAUGAGAUGAUCCGGCGGCAGCACCAAUCUGACAUGGAAGCCCUGAGACGGGAACUGCAGACCUUAUCUGAGCAUUACUCACAGAAGUGCCUGGAGAUUGGAGCAUUGAACCAAGCUGCAGCGGAGCGGGAGAGAGAGAUGCAAAGAUGCCAACAGGAAGGACAGGAACUACUGAGGCAGAAUCAGGAAUUAAACAGCAGACUGUCAGAAGAGAUUUCAAAACUCCGCUCUUUCAUGGCGGGUAAUGGCCCAAACGAGGGACAGUUACAAGGUGGAGAAAAAAGCAGUGCUGAGCUGGAGGUUUUACUACGAGUAAAAGAGACAGAGUUGCAAUAUUUAAGAAAAGAGGUCUCCUGUCUUCGUGAGGAUCUCCAAAACAUGCAGAAGGAUAAGCGGUAUGCUUCCGAAAAAUACAAAGAUAUCUACGUAGAACUCAAUAAUAUCAAGUCUCGCUCAGAGCGUGAGAUUGACCAGCUGAAGGAACAUCUGCGGCUCGCUAUGGCAGCUCUACAUGAAGAGGCUGUUUUGCGCAACAGUAUAGGAGAGUAAUGGUGAGAGCUGUUCAUACCUUUUCCUAUUAAUUUGCUGCCUCAUCAUGAAGAUGGAUAUCGUACACAUGCAGCCACCGUGACAUCACCGAGGUUCCGCCUCUGCCACAAAACUGCUUUUUUUUUAUAUGUGAAUCACAGAAUUUUAUACAAUCCAUUAUUAUUAUUAUUGUUAUUAUUAUUUUUUAUUAUUAAAUGGGGGGAUCCUCUUCUGCGUGUCUGAGACAAUGGCACUAGGUCAUAUAGCCCAUGAGUGGUGUCACCAGGUUUAAGGCAUUCUUGCAUACCCUCUACAUUACUGUUACGUAUGGGAAAAUGAUUGUAUUUAAAGCUCAACUGUGUAUGUGGAUAUGUUCGCUGGUGGUGUAAAUGCACUGGGCGUGAUGAUUGUGAAAUGUGGUAGAGCACUGGCAGUGGUGGGGUGGAGAAAAAUAAGAAUUUACUUACCGA